AUGUGUAUCCGAAUAUGCGAUUAUAGUCAUUCCAAGGUCCAUUCUCAUGAGAGGAGCAGCAAACAAGCAAGAAAAAGUUAUCACAAUGAUACUUCACUAGAUUUAAGGAGCACCAAUCUCACAUCAAGUUCCAACAUCCAGUGAUAUGCUUCCUUCUCUCAUAUACCUAUCUUCAUUCUUCCCUCCCAAGUUUUGAUUCUUUCACCAAAAUCCAAAACCCUAGAUUCUCCAUUUUCAAUCCAUCAAUUCUCUGAGUUCUUCACCCAUAAGGUACUCAAAAUUCUACCUUUUGAUUUCUUCAACUGCUUCUGGGGUUUCCCCUUUGUGUAAAUCCCCAUUUCUUCACGUGGGUCUCCGUCAAAAUGCAACCUUUUGCUCUCUGAUCACGAAUGGUUUGCAGUUGCAGUAACAAUGUCGGAUGACCUGCUUGCUCAUUUCUCAUCCAACUCUUCCAACCAAUCGGACCAGUCUCUGCCUUCAAAGAUGGCAAAGCUGGAAGCUCGCAUGGUGGGGAAGGCUACUACUUCCUCCACUGCUCAGCAGCCAGGUUGGUCCUCUGUUUCUUCAGCUGGGAAAUUCAGUGGAGCUGCUGAGGGUUUGCUUGAACCAUCCACUUCCAGUGAUUCUGAUGAUGAUAAUGGUGAGGAAUUCCUAAUUCAAGCCAACACACAGAAACGCCGAAAACUUGAAGAAGAUGAUAACUCUAAUGUUUUUGAACAUGUUGAGGGUGGUACUGAUGGAAGACAAACUAGUUUAGAGACUGUGGAGACAAAAGUUAACGUUGAUGUGAAUAGAAAGAAACAUGGUCGUGGAAGAGGGAGUUCUGGUUCAGGUAGGGGUCGGGGUUCCAGGGUUAACGAUCAGACCAAAUCACGAAUAUCUCCUCAAGAUGUUUUGGCUUUUAAUGGUCAGAUUGAGAAUGUAUACCAUAAGGAUGGCAAAGUCAAAGAUCAGAUUCAUGAUGACAGUCGUGCUUCAUUAGAGGAGGAGGUUGCAUCUUUACGUGCAAAAGUUGUUGUGUUGGAGGAAGACUUGCAUAAAUCAAAGCAAGAAACCUCUGAUUCUCACAAUCUUUGUCAACAGUUAGAAAAGGAACUGAAGGACCUGAGAGAUCAUGAACAGAAAAUGAAGCCCAAGAGAAUGAAAGUAAUAUCAGAUUUGCUGAUAUCUGUUUCAAAGGCUGAGAGACAAGAAGCAAGGCUGAAAGUACGACAAGACUCAUUGAGACUUGGAAAUGUUGGUGUUAUUAGAGCUGGGACUGUCAUAUUAGAAACCUGGGAAGAUGGUCAAGCAUUAAAGGAUCUGAAUGCGCAGCUUAAACAACUAAUAGAAACAAAGGAGGCAAUUGAGCGGCAGCGCAAAUUAUUCAAGAAAAAACAGUCUGAUAAGGGUGAUGGAACAGAAGUGGAGGCUGGACUAGCAGAAGAUGUUCUCAUCCAUGAGGAAAUCUAUAAGUCUCGACUAGCUAGCAUUAAACGAGAGGAAGAAACUAUUUUGCGGGAGAGGGAUCGCUACGAACUGGAGAAAGGGAGGUUGAUUCGUGAAAUGAAACGCAUACGGGAUGAAGAUGGUUCACGGUUUAACAAUUUUCAGAUUCUAAAUCAUCGUUAUGCCCUUCUAAACCUUCUUGGGAAGGGGGGUUUUAGUGAGGUGUACAAGCAGGCUUUUGACAUGGUGGAGCAUAGAUACGUUGCAUGCAAGCUGCAUGGUUUAAAUGCUCAAUGGAGUGAGGAGAAGAAGCAAAGUUACAUACGACACGCAAUUCGUGAAUAUAACAUUCACAAGACCCUAGUCCAUCGUCACAUUGUUCGGUUAUGGGACAUCUUUGAGAUCGAUCAUAAUACAUUCUGUACUGUUCUAGAGUACUGUAGUGGGAAGGAUCUUGAUGGUGUCCUUAAAGCAACUCCUAUAUUGCCUGAGAGGGAGGCUAGGGUCAUUCUAGUUCAGAUUUUUCAAGGCCUUAUUUACAUGAAUAAAAGAACACAGAAGAUUAUUCAUUAUGAUUUAAAACCAGGAAAUGUUCUGUUUGAUGAGCUCGGUGUUGCCAAAGUGACUGAUUUUGGUCUUAGUAAGAUAGUGGAGGAUGAUGUGGGAUCCCAGGGCAUGGAACUUACAUCCCAGGGAGCUGGAACAUAUUGGUAUUUGCCUCCUGAAUGCUUUGAGCUCAGCAAGACACCUCUUAUAUCAUCAAAGGUUGAUGUCUGGUCUGCUGGUAUUUUGUUCUAUCAAAUGCUGUUUGGAAAACGUCCUUUCGGACAUGACCAAACACAGGAAAGAAUACUUCGUGAAGACACAAUCAUUAAGGCGCGCAAGGUUGAGUUUCCUCCGCGACCUGCUGUUUCUAAUGAGGCAAAGGAUUUAAUUCGGAGGUGUCUCACAUAUAACCAAGCUGAGAGACCAGAUGUAUUAACCAUUGCACAAGAUCCAUAUCUCACAUAUGCAAAGAAGUGAUGAGAUCAUUGACAUGGUUUUGCUAUGCAGACCUCACCAUUAAAGCAUAGAUGAUCUCAUCUUCUUGACUUUAGAUACUGAUGAUCUAUCAAAUUUUGUAUAGAUUGUAGAGAUUUUUUGUAAUUUUGUCAAAUGGGGAAGAGGAUGUUUCCCCGCUCUGAAAGGAAGACUAGUUGCUUCAUGGAUUUAUCUUUUGAUUCAAAAAAAUAUGGGGGAGCAUGUAUAGUCCCCAGUCCUCACAAGUGAGAAAGCUUUCGUGAUUUUUAAUACUCUUGCCCCUGAAUGAUAGGAUUUUGAUUUUCAAUGAAUAUUGAUUGAUUUUGA